AACGUCUUUGGAACUGAUUCAAUCAUACUUACUGCGCAAUGGAACAUCGAUUGUAGUUUAUCCCGCUCUAAGCGUUGUCUCCCCCCACGGAAGGCAGGUGAACGUGGCACUAUUGAAAAUAACAUCAUUGAAAAUUGCAGUGAACAAUUUCGGGACAUCGCUGGACUAAAGUUACUCGCCAGGGCAGUCUUAUCGAAAGCGGGAACAUUUUGAAUUGGGAAGUAUCGAAUGUGAACAUGGCUUCGAUAGAGCAGGCAGCCAGUCUGACCGAGGAGGCAGUUUGCGCCAUUUGUCUGGAUUUCUUCACCGAGCCGGUUACACUGGAUUGUGGGCACAACUUCUGCCGCUCCUGUAUCACCCAGAGUUGGGAAAUCAAGGAGAUAAACUCCUGCCCGGAAUGUAGAGAGGUGUUUCCGGAAAGAAACCUCAGGGUAAAUCGGGUCUUAGCGAAUCUGGCCGAGGAGGCUCGAAAAUUAAAGCUGGAUUCGAAAGAGAAGGAGAGUAAGCCUCGCUGUGAGGAACAUCAGAGAGAACUGAAGCUGUUUUGUGAAACGGACAAGAAACUUCUCUGUGAAGUUUGUGUUAUUAAGCAAGAGCACAGGGACCACCACUUCGUGCGGAUUAAAGACGCCGUUGAUAUUUACAAGGGUCAGCUGAAAUCUUCCUUAGAUUCUCUCACAGAGAAGAAAUCGGCGGCUCUACAAAUGGAGUUAAACCAGAAACGGAAGAUUUCCCAAGUGAGGGAACAAGCGAGCAGUCUGCAGACCCACAUCACAUCCGAGUUCGCUAAAAUGCACCAGAUUCUCAAUGAGAUGGUGCAGCGUUUACUCCGAGAUCUUGAGGAAGAGGAGAAGAGGAUUGUACAAACGAUGGAGAAAAACCAUCGGGAGAUUCAGGAGAAUUUAAAAUCUAUCGAGGAGAAUCUCUCAAAAUUGCAGAAACAGAUGGAGGAAACAGACUUCGUGACUUUUCUCAGGGGGGAAGUUUCUCGAAAGAGAAGGAUUAGUGACGGUGGUCUCAUGCUGUCAGUAGCAGAUGGCACCCUAACUAUUGGGAAGUUCAAAGGACCUUUACAAUACACAGUAUGGAGAAAUAUGUUAAGCUUCAUUAAACCUGUGCCAGCAUCUCUGACUUUGGAUCCAAACACAGCAAAUAACCGGCUUAUUGUGUCUGGGGAACAGACUAGUGUGAAAGCAGAGAAAAGACGACAUACAACCUCUGACAGCUUCAAGCGGUUUGAUCCCCAGCCCUUUGUGCUGGGUUCAGAGGGAUUCACAUCAGGGAGACAUUACUGGGAGGUGGAAGUAGGGGAGAAGACUCUGUGUAAAGUGGGAGUGGCCCGGGAGUCUGUCAAGAGGAAAGGAAGCAUUGACCUGAAACCUGAGAGUGGAUACUGGAUGUUCUGGCCAUUCUCCAAAAGCGAUUUUGACACUUUCACAUCACCAUCAAGGGUAAAACACAACCCGAUUGAGAAACAAUUGAAAAUUGGGGUUUUCCUGGACUAUGAGGGUGGACAGGUGUCAUUUUACAAUGCGGACACCAUGUCCCAUCUCCACACUUUCACCCACACUUUCACUGAGAGGCUCUUUCCCAUUUUUGGUUUGGAAUGUAAAGUCAGUGAGAAAAGCUCAGCAAUGCUGACAAUCUGCGGGAUAAAGGGAAUUGACAGAUCCAUCCCAUAAUUUCACCCGUUUCCCCUGCCUCCUGCCAGCUGUAAACUGACAGGGGCUGGUCUCAGCCAGAUGGAGAGAGAAACCAGGUUAACAUUCCAAGAAUAAAGCCUGUAUCAGAACUAGAAACUGAAAGUUCAACCAGGAGCUCCGGUUGGAGGUCUGGGGGAAAGGAGGAGGGGGAGAGAAGGAACUCCACUAUAUUAGAAACUCAAUGAAAGAGAGGGACCUACUGGGUAGAAUGACGUGUGAGCUGCAGGAACCUGGGGACCACAAGACAAAACGUUGCAUUGCCAUGUUUGAUAUCAAUGAGAUUUACAUUGCUGC